AUGUGUACGCAUGGUGACAGUAUCAGUCCUGUGACAUUUUCAUUGAAGCAAUCAAGUGGUGAUUAUCCGGCAUUUUCCUCUGAAAGGAAAUCUGCACGACAUGUUCUUUGGAUUUGUUUUAAAAAUGGCUUGCGUUUGCUUCAUCCAUUUAUGCCAUUUGUAACUGAAGAACUGUGGCAGCACCUGCCAGGAGUAAAGAGCUACUCAAGGAAAGAAUCGAUGAUGACAUGCCAAUACCCAUCACCAACAAAGGUAAGUUCAAGUUUCAUUCUUCUAGUAUUGUUCUGGCUUGGUUAUCCUGACAAGUGAAUCAUGAUAACUGUGGAAACAGAAAACUUAUACAAUUUCAAUUUCUGUGCAAUUACUGCUAUAUCCCGUUUUCCCUUGCACAGAGCUGGACGUACGAAAGAGUGGAAUACAAAAUGGGCCUUGUAGAGUCCACUGUUGCCUGCUUUUGCAUUAUGUCAAAAUGAUGAAGUGGCAGAAAUCAUUAGAUCAUGUGAAUUAGAGAUCUUAACCCUUUCAGAUAAAUUUGUGUUCUUGGUUCCACUGAGUGGUUUAGAUACUGCUCCAGCCGCAUGUGCAUUUGAGAAUGAAAACCUGAAAGAAGCAGGAGUAGUUGAAGAAGAUUAUGAAUGUACCUGGAUACCAAUAAAAGGUACAAUUGCAUAUUGA